AUGAGAAUCAUGAGACUGUCGUCGGAAGGAACGACUGAAACCCACGCCACUGGGCCGUCAUUCCGCUCGCCGUUGUUUGGUGUGCGGACAGGGUCUGGUUUAAAGAUUGGAAAAUCGUUCAGCUGUAGCACCCCUUUGGUGCUUAACUGCCAUGCCACCAGAAGGAAGCACGAGGACUGGGAUACUGUCAGGCUGUCUAAGCUUAGACGAGAGGCGGAGAUCGGAGGGUCUGGUUUAAAGAUUGGAAAAUCGUUCAGCUGUAGCACCCCUUUGGUGCUUAACUGCCAUGCCACCAGAAGGAAGCACGAGGACUGGGAUACUGUCAGGCUGUCUAAGCUUAGACGAGAGGCGGAGAUCGGGUUCGAACCACGGACCUGCGGAAUCCCGGACAAAUACCGCUUUGCCGCUCGCACUCAGGCGCUGCUACAGCCUAUCCCGCACAAGCUUCGCCAAAAGUCCGGGCCGCUUGCUGGCCCGGCAGUGAGGCGAGCUCUGAUUGGUCGGGUGCCUGGACUGAACAGCCAGUCACAACUCAGUAUUCGCCGAACACAGGCAAGGUACCCACCCAUCUGCACACUGAUGGUGUCUCCUCGUAUGGCGACGCAACGUUUGCAGUUCAAUUGCCAAGCUCGGCGAACAGAUCAACAACCAAUCACCACCCAACUAUCACAAACCUGGUUUAUUGACACAACAGCAAGAGAAACAAUCGUGAUAAUAGUAAUAGCAAUAUUAAUGGUGGGAUUAAGAACUAAAGAUGCAGCACCGAACGUACCAGCUGGAGGUCCGAGAAUCGGUAGGAUGUUGUUACAUCGCGCAUCUCGGUUGUGUCUUUGGGCUACAAUCCACUGGUUUUCGAAGGAAGCCUUUAGUGACUAUGAGAAGAGCAAAAUGGAGGUCAACGGAGGUGUGGGAAACGCACAUCGUGCGCCUGUCACUAAAACUUGGGCGAGUCUGGACUGGACAGUAGAAAGUUGCGCAACUUACGUUGAAAUGACAGGAAAAGUGUACUACGACAAAACUGGACAGGGUAGAAUAGCCUUGGGGUAUGGAUAUUGGCGGGGCGGGGGACUGAUCACUCUCGGCUCCGAAAACGAGUACUUCUUCCAGCGGACACUGGCGGACGAACACAUAGAUGCCCAAAGCUUCGUCGGGAGCAUUCCGAAAACCCUCGUGACAGAUUGCGCAAGACAGUCCAACCUCUUCAGUGACGACGGCGGUCAUUUUGGCCAGGCGAUCUGA